CACAGAGGCUCAAAGUCGAGUUUGACAGGUUUGACAUGUUUGACUCCCUUAACUCGUGUUCUACAUUCUCGAAACUCCCAUUUAGUCUCAAACACCAUACUACUGGAAGACGCUAAACCCUCCAGACGCACCAGCUCUGCAGUUUUCAUUGAAAUGCACAACUUGUCCUGCGGAAACCAGCGAUGCUACACAACUCCAGUGUGAAGUAGACAUAUCCUGGUUGUUUGAUUGUCUUGUCUCUCCAUGGCCGUGCAGGAGAACCCGGCCGCGGGGGCUUACUCCGGGACAAUGGGCAGAGUCCGGCGCCUGAUCAUCACCCUCGGGCUCAAUCCCGUAGCUCUGGCUUAUGCCAUGACCACCCUGGGAUCCACCAUGAUCAACAGCAUAUUCAGCUUCUACUAUGUCAAACUCUUCCUCAACAAGUAUAAGAUCUCAGAGGGAGCGUUCCAGCAGUCGCAGGUGAUGUACAUGGUUUGGAAUGCGAUCAAUGACCCUCUGUUUGGCUACCUGCAAGACAACUCCCGGGUGGCCUUCUGCUCUCAGCGCCGCCUCUCCAUCCUGUACGGAGCUCCCUUCUACUCCCUGUCUUUCCUCAUAGCCUGGUUCCCGUGGCGGGCCUACGCCCCUAACGACUGGUUGAGCGGCCUCCAUUUGAUGGUGGCGCUGUGUGUGUUUGACGCCAUGCUGACCUUUGUGCUGCUGGCACAUAGUGCGUUGUUUGCAGAGAUUUCCAGCCACCAUCAGACUCGGCUAAGACUCAUAAAGUACAACCAGGUGGCCUCUCUCAUUGGCUCCUCCAGUGUCCUUUUCUGUGGUUUGCUGUCCAAUAACAUGGAGGACUAUACAGCCUUCCAAGCCUUCACGGUGUUCAUCGCUGUCAUAAGCUGUGGCUUCAUGCUCUAUACAGGCAUCCACAUUGAGAGCCGCUUCGAAAACAAAUGCUCUAAACCCGUAGACCCUGGGUGUGAUGACCAGACGUCCAAGAAGUCAGUGUUUUCUGUGUCACCGCAAACGACAUUGAUCUGGCAAAUCCUGGUCAAUCGAGACUUUCAGGUUUUUGUGAUCAUGAACUUUUUCCAGGUUUUCAUGUUGGCUUUCUUCAACAACUUUACCAUGAUAUUUGCUGAGCACCUGAUUCCUCCAGAUGUGCUUCCACCUCUGGCCAAGAGCAUCAUGUACGGAGCGGGAUUCAUCUGUCCACAGUUGUUGGUAUUGAGCUGUCAGAGUCUGCUGCAUGGCCUGGGCUAUUACAAGAUCAUCCUCUUCACCUUCUACCUGGAGGCUGCAAUGGCGGCUAUCAUGCUAAUGCUCGGUCCUCAGCACUACUAUUUUCUGGCCUUUUUCCUCACUAUUAACAUGGUCAUGGUUCAGGCUUCCUUCAGUCUUUUCGGUCUGCCUUUGGCUGACAUCAUCGACACAGACCUGCAGAGGCACAACCGCAGUUCCCCACUCUCCUCAAUGGUGUUUGGGACGAAUGCUCUGUUCACCAAGCCGGGUCAGUCUCUAGCCCCGAUGAUAGUGCUCUACGUCCUCAACCAGUUUGGCUAUGAACAGCUGAAGGAAGAAGGAGGGAAUCCGAAUCCAAGCGCCCUGGCGAGCCUGCACAAUGUGAUGUUCUACCUGGUGUGUCUGGUGCCAAUGUGCGUCGCUUGUGCUCAGGUCCUGGCUUGGAAGCCGUUUUCCAUCCGCAACAGUCACACAGUAGAAGCAAAGUACAUUGACAGCUAAUGUUUCAGAGGUGGCCGAUUUCUUUAGCUGGGAUUUGGGUGGAAUUCUUUAUUGUUGAGUGACUGAUCAAGAAGAAAUUAAUUUCCAAAUUAUUGAAUAUUUGAGAGAAUCCAGGGUGGGUUUGAUGCACUUUAUCGAUAUAAACUGUACUCUGCAAAUGCACACUUGUAAACUAUCUCUGUCGCUCACCGGCACCAACUACAUACAUAUAAAACACCAAAAAAAAAGAAAGGAUGAAAUAAUAAUCUAUGUAAGGAGAAGCCUUACUUCCUCUGUGACUUCCAAGAGAAAGACAGUUUCCCUCCAUUUAUGGCAUAGAAUGGAGUUAGAUUAUAAAUGAUCAUUAUUUGAAUCUGAAUGAUUUGUAUGUGGUUACUACUGUAUACCAUAAGCCCACUGACACUCCUUUCAUUAGUAAUUAAUGUACUGUCUCAUCCGCAAAAAUAACUGGAUAGCUGGACCAAACUAUAGACAUCCAACAUUUAAGUUUACCUCAGGUUCAUUUAAUUUGAAGAGUGAAUA